GGAAAGUUUUCCACUUUUGACAGCUUAUAAAGUAAUUUUUUUUAGCACGUCGUCUUAGAAUUUAUUUAAUAAGUUGCGAAUAUUAUAGAAAAUACAUUUCUAAAUUGAAAAAUUCAUAGCUAAAGAUAGAAAAUGGAUGGACCGCCACCUCCAAGAGAUGUUAGUCUACGUAACAUAAUUGAUAAACUGGCCGAGUUUGUGGCACGAAAUGGACCAGAGUUUGAAAUGAUCACAAAACAAAAACAACAGAAUAAUCCAAAAUUUGAGUUUCUCUAUGGUGGAGAACAUGCGGCAUACUAUCAGUAUAGAGUUGCAGGCGAGCAAGCAUACUUAAAACAACAAUCCUCAGGUGUUUCUACAACACAAACACCACACUUUACACAAGGACCGCCACCGAAUAUGAUGCAUCAUACCAGUGGUCAAAUGCCACCAAUCAGUCAAAAUGACGCAAAUAACUCAUUUACACUUAGUCAACCGCCACCCAACCUUCAAUUAUGGAAUACAAAUGCAUCAUCUCUUAGCACCACCACCAAUAAUACAUUGACCUCGCAGUCAUCAUCGAAUGGCAAUAGUCAAUCUGUGGCCAAUAAUUAUACAGCACAAAUAGAGGCACUGAAUAUGCAGCAAAAUACAUUGCGCGAGCAAAUACGCCAAUCAGAAUCGAACUUAACAGCACAACAUACGGCACUGAUGGCACAACAAAAAACCCAAAUCGAAGAAGCUAUAGAGGCUGCACAAAAUUCACAACUAGAAACUAAAGCUGAAGAACUAAACAUUUCAUUGAGUGAAUUCGAUAGUAUUCUACAGCCCAUAAUUGAUGCCUGCACCAAGGACAGUAUUUCACAAGGCAAAAACUGGAUAUUACAGCACUCAACCGACAGCGCUAAAAACAAUGUCGUUUUACAAUAUCUUUUAAAAAAGGCUUUGGUCGAUGGUACAACAUUUCAACAGAAAUUACAUCUUAUUUAUUUAAUUAAUGAUAUUCUCCACCAUUGUGUUCGAAAAAAUGCGAAUGAUUUGAAAAACAGCCUGGAAAAUGUUGUUAUACCCAUGUUUUGCAGUGCAGAUUUAAUUGCUUCUACUGAGCAAAGAACCAAACUAACAAAACUGUUAUCGUUAUGGGAAUCAAAAGCGAAAUUUUUUGAUGCAUGCGUUAUUUCGAAAUUACAGUCGCCAGAUUCUUCAAUGCAUGAAUAUAAAACAAAUUUACAAAAUUUACAUCAUGAAGUUACCGCUAAAUUCACGCAGGCAGUUAAGGCGCAGUUAGAUAACUAUCAAAAGCAACAUAAAAUCUUUAUACAACAUGCCACUCAACAAAUUACCCAGUUGGAACAACAAAAACAACAAUUGGAACAGCAAAUGUUGGCUGCAGUCUUGCCAAAUACCUCGAUAAUGCCACCGACAACAGUUGGCCAACAGCAGCAUCAACAACAAUCCCAACAGCAGCAGCAAGUACCACAGCAACUUAUUAAGAAUAUACCCUCUCUAAUGGCUCAAAAAGUGGCCAUGCCUGUAAUGGAUGAUAAUGAUCAUCAUUAUGGCAAUCAGCAGGGACAACAGCAAAACAACAAAAAUUUCUUUAUACCCGAUUUGUCGAAACCUCCACCUGGUUUUAUGAGUGGUGGUAAUGCCAACAUUGCUCCUGUUACUCAAAUUUCUGCUUUAAUGCAGCAACCAUCAUUUGCCCAAAUGAAUAGUAACAUUCCAGUAAAUCAAAAUCUUAAUAAUCCUCCACCGAAUUUAAUAGCGUCUGGAGAUUUGUUAAACAAUGUCAAUAAUUUAAAUGUUGAUUUGUUAAAUGUCAGUGCCGCUUUACAAUUGGUUCAUCAACAGCAGCAGCAACAACUUUUGGCAUAUGAUCAACAAUCGAAACUGUCAUCUGCUGGCAUUAUGGACAAUGAAGAAGAGUGUAUUCCACCACCACCCAGUCUGCUAAUGGAGCCAGAACCAGAGCAAAUACCAUCUGCAGCCUAUUACGAUUUGCCUGCUGGUCUAAUGGUGCCUUUAAUUAGGCUCGAGGAUUAUCGUUAUAAAUCUUUGGAUCCUGUUGACAUACGUCUGCCGCCACCAGCACCACAAAAUGAACGUUUAACUAAUGCUUUGGCAGCAUUCUAUGCUCUUCCCACACACGAUAGGCCGAGAGAUAAUGAGGGUUGGGAAAAACUUGGCCUGUAUGAAUACUACAAAGUUAAAAAUGCGGCUAGAAAACAAAAAGAAGAAGAAAUUAAAGAUGGUGUGCGUGAAAGGUCUCGAUCUCCUUCCCCUAUUAUUAUGGCAAAACCUGUGCCUAAGAAAGUCAACAAAAGGUGUUAUCGAUCGAAAAGCCGCAGUCGUUCUCGUUCGCCUUAUAAAUCAAAAUCACGUUCACGAUCUCAGUCUCCUCUACCACAACGAUCACAAACUAAUCGCGGUGGUGGCGGAGGAGGUGUUGGUAACGAUAGAGGACGCAACAAUCGCUACAAUAGACAAAGAAGUCGUUCACCCCGACGAUCACCGGCACGUGAUAGGGAAAGAGAACGUGAUCGCGACAGAGAAAGAGACAAUAAUGAUAAUAAUCGUUCAAACGAACGCAUCACAAGAAGGGAACGUGAACGUUCUGUAACACCACCUAGUUUCUUUGGCAAUAGUUUCGCAAAGCCAAACGAAUUCAUUGAAGAGUCCAACAAAGGACAUCAAAUGCUAAUGAAAAUGGGUUGGGCAGGCACUGGUACCGGUUUGGGUACUAAAAAUCAAGGAAUUGAUCAACCCAUUUCAGCUGGCGAUGUAAGGGAUCGCAAAGAUAUGUAUAAAGGAGUUGGCGUUAAUAUGAAUGAUCCCUUUGAGAAUUUUAGGAAAAAUAAAGGUGCUGCUUUUGUGCACCGUAUGCGUGCACGCGAUGAAAAAAGUUAAAUAAAGACAUUGUUUUAAUAAAGGAAAUUAGGUAUUCGUUUUUUUCUUUUUUCUUAAACAUUUAUUUUUUGUAAAAAUAAAAAAAUUAAUUUCAAGUUUUAAUAAAGAAUAUAAUUACCAUAAAA